AUGCCGUCCUCAUUGGCUUCCAGCGAGCGCUCUGGCUCGGUCAAGUCGCACCACAGUCCCAAGACUUCUCUUCAAACCAAGGCCGACCCCAACAUGGCCCUACACGAACAAGAACCUACCGCUGUGAACCUCCAACCUGGCUCUAGGGACACAUUCUCACUCCGAAGCAUCCAGCACAAGGACCGGGAAGGAAAGCUCAUCACCGAUCCCGAUCUCUCCAACCCCACACGCAGCCGCCUUGAGCGCCCGCUCGAUACUAUCCGAUCGUUUGAUGCAGCCAUCGACGCACAUCGCAAACAGCAACGGAUGUGA